CAAGAAUACGUAACAAAGGAUAUGCCUUCCGGACUGUCGUUUACAUGGCCCCGCCGUCGUCUUCUCCUCCCCUUCCGGCAUGGGCGGCGGCGAACGCCCUCUUCCGACGCCACCGCCGCCUUCUCCCGCUCCUCCUUCCUCCGGCCUCCCUCUGCGCCCUCCUACCCGUCCUCUCCCACUGCCUCGUUUCCGGCCUCGCCGGCAACCCCUUCGUCGCCUCCCGCCUCAUCCUCGCCUCCUCGCGCCUCUCCCUCACAUUCUCCCUCCUCCUCCUCUCCCACCUUCCAGCCUCCUCCCUCUCGCCCUUCUCCUUCAACUCGCUCAUACGCGCGUCGCCUCCAAGCCUCGCCCUCCGCCUGUUCGAACAAAUGCGGCGCCGAGGCGUUCCCACGGAUAACUACACCCUCCCCUUCUUGAUCCAUGCCUGUUCCGGCAGUGACACUCCACUGGGACAGUCCCUGCACGGGAAGAGCGUCCGUCUUGGUUACAGCUCCCACGUCUUCACGCAGACGGCGCUGAUGAACAUGUACUUUGGGUGUGGCCUGGCUGUUCCCGCCGGCAGGGUGUUCGAUGAAAUGCAGGCCAGGGAUCUGGUUGCAUGGACCGGCAUGGUCUCUGGUUAUGUGGACUCUGGAAUGCACCUUCGAGCUGCUGAGGUCUUUAAGGAAAUGAGGGGUAGUGAGGAGGUUGCAAGGCCUAACGUGGCAACGUUGGUGUCGGUUGCUUCUGCCGGUGCUGGUCUUGGCUCCCUGGAGUAUGCUAAGGGGCUGCACGGCUACGUGGAGAAGGUGGGGUUGCGAGGCGAUUUGAUUGUGACGAAUGCACUGAUGGAUAUGUAUGGAAAGUGUGGUAGCAUAGAGUCAGCUCGUGCUCUGUUUGAUUUCAUGCAUGAGAAGGACCUACUUUCAUGGACAACCAUGAUUUCAGGGUUGGCUUCUCAUGGACAUGGCAACGAAGCGGUUGCUUUGUUUUUAAGCAUGCGAGAGGUGGGAGUACUGCCGGAUUCAACCACCUUCAUUGUGGUUCUGUCUGCUUGUAGCCAUGCUGGACUGGUGGAUGAGGGGAUAUCAAUCUUCAAUUCCAUGUCGAGUGAAUACAGGGUCAACCCAGAUAUUAAGCAUUAUGGUUGCAUGGUGGAUCUUUUCAGCAGGGCAGGGCUUCUUUCACGUGCUUAUGAGCUUAUUGACAACAUGCCUUUUGAACCAAACUUGGCAAUUCUUGGAGCAUUGCUGAGUGCAUGCAGUGUCAAUAAUGAUCUGGAGAUUGGGGAACUAGUUCUCCAGAAGAUUGAUUCUGUUUGUUCCUAUAAAGGAGGUGCUGGUGUGCUUCUGUCCAACAUCUACGCUAACCAGAACUUAUGGCAUGAAGUUGAUUCCAUUAGAAGGAAGAUAAGAAAUGGUACCAUACCCAGAAAGCCACCUGGUCAGAGUUCGGUGGCAUCAGAAGUUCCUUUCAUGAGUUUGUAAUUUGGAGCUUUUAGAGAGAAAUCCACUUUGUUGUCACUGUUAACCUUGACUGGCAAAAUGGCUGAUUUUCAUGCGAACUGGAGAUGAGGUCUCUGGGCAGCAUAUUUGGCAGAUUAGCUUUCCAUAGCGCGCACGGAAACACUAAACUUCAUACGUAAACUUCUUCCCUUCUAAUGAAACGGCACGGUAAGCACACCAACUUCCCCUUAUCAUUUAGGAGCAUUUUCACGGAGAAAGCCUGAGGCUGAACCAGUCAAAUGCAUUGUACUUAAACUGCCUUACAAAUCGCCUGGCUGGGGAUCGAAAUGUGUGGCCAGGGCCAGGGCUCAUGCGGUCAUGUAACUUUGACCUUCUUCGUUAGCAAUACAAGGACACCCUGAACUUGUCCUUCCGGUAAAAGAAUUCAUGUUCCUGAACUGAGCUGGAGAAGUAUGCCAUCAGAGGCCCCCGAGCAUGUUACUCCGUCCUUUCCGGUUUAAACCCACACGCAACCCUAGAUCGGGAAUUCGGCCAGUGUAAUACAAAUUGUAUGUUACGAAAGUAUAUCAUUAGAAAAAUGUCAGAUGUGAAGUCUCUAA